AAAGCCAUUUCGUUUUCUUCUUCAUAUCCCUAGCUCCAUCUCACUCUAAUCUCUCUAUCUCUCAGUUGAAAUCAAACCCCAGACCCCAUUAUUCUUCCCCUCUCUCUCUCGUAUUCCUGUCUCCCUCUCACUCUAGCUCUCUUUGUCUCUGAUUCUAAGUUUCUUUCUUCUCCGUAAUCCCUCUCUCUCUCACCUUCUUUCUUCUCUGUAAUCCCUCUCUCUCUCAGCCUUUCGCACAGCUUCCAUACCCAAUAAAGCUGAAAAGAAAAGUCCCAUUUCAUUUUCUUCUUCAUAUUCCCCUAUACACUCUCAAAUCCCUAGCUCUCUCUCACUCUAAUCUCUCUAUCUCUCAGUUGAAAUCAAACCCCAGACCCCAUUAUUCUUCCACUUUCUCUCGUAUUCCUGUCACCCUCUCACUCUAGCUCUCUCUGUCUCUCUCAUUCGAAGUUCACAUACCAAUUUCUAACCGAAGGAACUCGGAAUCAUCUAGCCGAAAGGUAGUGAUUCUAAGAAAGGUGGUGGUGGAGGUUCGCAAGAUGGGAAGAUUGGGUCCAGCAAUGUCCUCACGAACCAGUACACAGGGUCAUACGUUGCGACUUCUGUCCUUGCCAGAUUUCUUAGAUCGAUCAAUAGGCAAACUAUUGAAGCUUAAACAAAAGAUUGCUUCAGCCACCUCAGCCAUCAAAUCUGUUUUCGACCAAGAACAGCCUAAGCAGGAUGCGACUGACAAACUGGAGCGACUAAGGGAGAGGAUGAUCAAAGUGCCGGAGCUUUUUCGGGACACUGAUUCAACAUAAUUUGUUAUUGUAACAAUUCCCACGGAUCACCAGAAAAAUCCAUGCUUAAAAAGCUUGCUAAGAGCAAGUCUUGAGAGUUUUGAAUUCAAAUGAUAUUUUGUCUGCAUUUUAACCACAGGUGAUGGCAGUCAAUGAAUCAUCUAGCGCUAGUGCUAGUCAAUACUUGGAAGAAUUUACAAGCAUGAUGAAAGUGGGAAAGGUUGUGAUGGCAGCAGUACAGCUCCUCCAUGCACUAGGCAGAAGUCUUCGGAUUUUGAUUCUUCAAAAAAAAUUGGGGUGGAGUAGGAAAGGAGAGAGGUUUUGUGUAUGAAAUAGAAUGGCUGAUCCCAGAAGUGGAGUUCGAAGAUCAAAGAGGGUUAAUAAUGUGCAAGACAAUCCUGCUGUUUUAGUUCCACCUGCUUGCCCAGGUACCAGAAUAGUGCCAGCCAGCAGGGGAAGAAGGAGAGGCUCUAGAGCUAUGAAUCAAGGUAAAAAUGUUAAGCUGGCUGGUGCUGGAAUCGGCGCUCAUGGAAAUACUGGUUUAGACUUGCCAGUAGGAAAUUUAAUUUCCGUUCGUGAGCUAGGAGUUCAGAAAAGUGCAGAAAAACUAGCUGUUGCUGACGAUGAAGGAAGCACAGGUCCACUUUUUGAGAGGGUGCAGAUUGGCAAUUCUCCACUGUACAAGUUAGAUAGAAAGCUAGGGAAGGGGGGUUUUGGACAAGUAUUCUUGGGAAGAAGAGUGGCUGGUGGUAUCGCUGGAACUAGGCCUGAUGCCUUUGAAGUUGCUUUGAAGUUUGAGCAUAAAAAUAGUAAAGGCUGCAGUCAUGGUCCUCCAUAUGAGUGGCAAGUGUACAGUUCUCUCAAUGGUUGUUAUGGAAUUCCCUCUGUCCAUUAUAGAGGCCAGCAAGGAGACUACUAUAUCUUAGUCAUGGACAUGCUUGGCCCAAGUUUAUGGGAUCUUUGGAACACUAAUAACCAAAUGUUGUCUGAAGAUACAGUUGCUUGUAUAGCAGUGGAGGCUAUAUCAAUUCUAGAACAGCUUCAUUUCAAAGGUUUUGUGCAUGGACAUGUUAAACCUGAAAAAAAUUUGCUUGGUCUGCCCGGAACACCUAAUGAGAAGAAGUUGUAUCUUAUUGAUCUUGGUUUGGAGAUUCAUCAUCUGGUCGUCAUGUUGAAUAUGACCAAAAGCCGGAUGUUUUCAGGAAUGAUUGUUGUUGGAACUAAAAACAGCAAUAAAAUGAAAAGAGCCUUCAAGAGGGAGCAUGAAGUGGAAUUGCUGCCAACUUCUUUAUAUAUGUAAAUAUGAACUAAAAGUACAAUUUUUGACAUGUGUAUAGAUUUUUGUAUUAUGUUUUAUAUUGAUUUUGUACUAAAUAUAUAUUUUUUUAGUUUGUAUUUUGUUUAUCUAUUUUAUAAAAAUUAAUUUUGAUAUUUUA